UCGUCAAAUUCCUCCUCAAAGACUCUAAUGUUUAAUAGUUUGUCUCGAAAAAUAAUGAAAUUGGUUGCAGAAGGUUCCACAUGUAUUGAGUUGUAUAAUUUGGCAAAUAAAAAAAUAGAUCAAGUUGUGGGAGAAUUAGUAGCGGCAAAAAUGCACUUACAAGAGAAUAAAUCGAUGCAUGAUGACAUGACACAAAUCCAAGGUUCUGCAUGUUCUCAAGCACAAGAAAGUAUUAUUGAUAAUAAUUGUAUGGUGAGAGCUCCUCCUAUUUCAAAUUGCAAAGGAAAAAGAAAGAUGCAAUGUUUCAAGCCUCCUUCAGAGUUGAAAGCUAAGAAGCAAAGAACUUGUGGGAAAUGCCAUGGGAAAGGCCACAAUAGUCGAACUUGCAAGGCCCAAGCAACAAGUCAAGUAGGAAGCAUCAUUGAGGAAGAAGAGGAAGAUCUGGAAGACCAAGAAGAAGAGGAUGAAGAUGUUGAAGAAUAUUACUACUGAGAAUGCAUUCUAAUCUUUCUUUUGUUUGUCAAUGUUCUUUCGAAGCUCUCUGGAUAUGUGAAGUUACAUUAUGGCCUUAAAAUAUUUUUAUGUUUGUCAUUUUAUUUUCUAACUUGAUGAUGGUUUACAUGUUUGCGAGUCUUGAGGGUAAAAGGGUCUACUAAGUAACUAUAGUGUU